AUGGUCCGAACUAGUGGAUUCAUGCUUCUGAUGCCUUGUGGAAUCAUAUUUGGGCAUUGCGAGUACGCCAUCAUAGUAUUCUGGGGUAAACCUACCAACUACUCCUCCAUUAACUCCACAACAGUCACCACAUCUUCAUGGAAUGAUUGUGUCAAUUACUGUUUCAAUGAAGUAUACUGCGUGCUGGCAGCAGGGAACGAUAGUAGUUGCAUUAUAUAUUAUUUCGAUACAGUUUUUGAAGUGGUGAGAUUGGAGGAAAUGAAUGGUUUGAAGGUGGCAAUGAAAAUUAACUCUACUAGCGAAACAUGUCCAGAGUCUACAUCUACUUCAUUUUCAAAUUUAACUAUUUCCGAUCCAACAUAUCCAUAUACAGUUUUCACCUACUCAAUUUCUUAUUUGGAUGACUCGUGGAAAUUUGACUACAAUGUCACCCGCACGUGCCCACCAGACUGGAAAUUAUAUAACCGACCUCUAUCAGAUUAUUGUCUGAAACUCUAUGGCAACCCGAACGCCACGUAUAAUCAACAACAGGCGACUGACUUUUGUGAUACGCAGAAUGCCACGUUGGCAGGAUUGGAGAGUUAUGAGGAGAGAAAUGCAAUGACUUCACAAGGCUUUGCAAUAAACUUGCAAGACCCACGUGGCCUACCAUAUUCCGGAUUUUGGGUGUCCGGGAUACGGAAAUCAUCAUGUUCAACACUGGCAGAAGUGAAAACAACAGCAUGCAAUGGGACUGGUGGGUUCGACUACACUGACAAGUAUCUUUCAACACUAUCCGGAUACAUCUGGGCACCUGGAAAUCCAGAUGGAGUCAAUGCUUCCGGUGCCUAUCAGAACUGUGUCAUGCUUCGAACACAGACAAAUGGAACUCUCUUAUUGGGAGUCGUUGAUGAUGUGCAAUGCACCUACACAACUGGAACUGCAUUCGAUAUUCAUGGAUUUGUAUGUGGUAAAAUUCCAGGAAUUUGA